CGCUGCUGCAGCAGCAGAAGUCGCAGGCGCUGGCGGAGGUGCAGGGAGGCGGCUUGGCCCCGUGUUCAACGGCCGUAGCAGCAGGCGAGGGAGGGAGGGCAGCAGCAGCAGGAGCGGGAGCGGGAGGCGCGGAAGCAGGAGGCGCCGUAUCAGCUUCAGCCAGCUUUGCUGCAGCUGCGAUGGGUGGGCUCGGAGCGAAAUCAGGUCGCGCGCCGGGCGUUAGCAGCAGUAAGACUGGGGGAGGGCCUGGUGGGGGCAACGUAGGGGGCAACGGCAACGGCAGCGGUACCAGCGGGGAUGGCGCAGGCCCGGUGGGCGGGAGCGGCGCCGGCGGCUUCAACGGCACUGGCUCGCUCAAGCCAGCGGCCAGCGUGGGCGCCAAAUCAAGCGGGCCGGCCACAAUGCAGGGACCCAGGACGGCGACCAUCGCCGCCGCUCGGCGCAUCACCGCCACCAGCCAUGCAGGCAGCGCUGCGGGCGGCAGUGCCGCGGGCGACGACGACGGCGGCAGCAUCGACCUGCAUGGGGAUGGGGACGAUCCGGCGGGCGCGCCUAUGCGCAAGUCGUUGGGCUUGACGGCUGCGGCGUCAGCGGCAGGGGCUGGGGUGCGGCGUGUGGACGAGGAGGCGGCUGCGACGCUGCCCGGCCGCCUCUCACUGGCCGGCACCGGCAGCACGCUAACGUCAGUGCUGUCAGGUGCCGGGGGUGGAGGCGGGGGUGGCCGUGUGUCGAAUGCGGGCACGGCAGGGAGCAUGGGCGGCCCCGGGCGGGUCUCGCAGAUGGGCGCCGCGGGACCGGUGGCGGGGCGGCUGGCGACGGGCGGCGCCAACAGCCCCGUGCCCGCGCUGCAGCUGCCGCCGCCGCCGCCCGCCGCGCUGGCGCUGCCGCCGAAGGGGCCGUCCGACGACGGCGGCGCGUUGGCGAGCAGCGGCUUCUCGGCCAAGGGGCGGACGACUUUCACCUGCGCCACCGCGGCGGCACCCAUGGGCACCAGCAGCGCCGCCAUGCACCGCCAGAUUACGGCGGGGCCGGACAUGCGCGCGGGCGCUGCCGCCUCCGCCGCCGCGUCGGCGGCGUUCGCGCUCUCCUCCUCGGCGCUGCCGCCGCCGCCCAACCCGCUGGGCACGUCGCCGGGCUCCUCCGCGCUGCCGCCACAGGUGCAUGGGCUGUCGCUGCCGCUGCCAGGGUCGGCACAGCCGGCGGCGCUGAGCAAGCACGCCAGCCGGAUCGGGGCAGCGGGCGGAAGGGGGUUCGGCAAGGGUGGCAGCUCGGGACUGGCUGCAGAAGACUCGCUGGCGUUGUUGUCCGAGCCCAGCGAGUCACCCAUCCUACCCGCGAGGCUUCGACCGCCAGCGCCUAAGAAAUAGAUACGUUGCUGCUGGCGCGUGCGUGCGUUUAGAACUGUUGCGGCUCGUUGACUUUUUUAACUGUACCGUAACUCAUAUGCUGCGUGCACCUGCAAUACGCGUGCGAAGGAAUGAGCAUAGACAGACCGUUUGUGUGCGUAGGUGCCAUGUUGCAUGUGUGUCGUGGAACUAAGUCCAACGGAUGAUGACACCAGUCAAGUAGUAUAUUGCAGAGCGUGCUUGGACUGGCAUGUGCAAGCUGCAUUGAGGGGACGAUGCGUUAGGCCUUGCUACAGGCGUGUUGCAGCCUUGCAUGUGGAAUGGCCAGCGUGCGAUUUAGCGGCCGAAGUGGCCAAAAUGUGGCUCGUGGCUCGGGAUGACUGAUGAGUUAUGGACAGGAAAGGUCUUUCCCGCACAAGAGAAAAGUGGGCUGCGCUCACUACUUCCAAUCUGAGGCUGACACGUUUCGUAACUACCCCAUCUCCUGGACGAAGUCUCCACCUACACUUAGUCCUAACAAAUGAGGGAGGUCGAUGCCUCCAAGUGGUUCAAUUGCGUCAGAAAGUUUAGAGCGAGUACUGUCUGCAGGGGCACAGACAUCGUGGACGACAGACAUACAGAGGCGGGCGACCUGGGGCGAACGGACAUUUUUUUAUGGACGGCUCCUAUGCGAGAC